AACGGACAUCUUUUCACCAGAACUUCCCUCUCGUCGGCCUCUCAUGUGCUUUAUUGCGUCUGUUCACUGAAAGUCUUCUUUGGAGGUGUGCGUCCCGUGAGGUUGCAGGCAGAAGCCAAGCCAAGUUAUGAUGAUGAUGAUGAAGGUGGGGUUGCCCUUCUCUCUUCUUUGUAUGUGGCUGAGCUUCGGCAGCGCUGAUGCAAUGAGUUUGAAAGAGCCGCAUAUAUGCUACAUCUUGGACGCGGUUCUGUUCGUCUACGGGAUUGUUCUCACUGUCCUGUACUGCAGAAUGAAGAUGCGGAGUAAACAAGCAGAAAAACAUUCAGGGAAGAAAGAUGCCGGCGAAGGGGUUUAUGAGGGUCUCAAGCCUCACGAUCAGGACACAUAUGAGACCAUCAAAAUGAAAAAAGGAAAACAAUGAGACUCGAGGCUAAAGUUUUUGGACGCAAUGCCACUGUCAUCUUAAGCAGGUCCCUACUGUAAAUAAGCUCUCAAAAUAGUAUUUUAUGUUUAUACUUUAAUAACUUUUGGUAAUCACUUACAUCAGGCUUGCUUGCUCUUUUUUUUGAUUGGUAGGCACCAAUAAUCAAGCACAAUGUAAAAGGAACAUGUAUUUUUGUUUCAUAAUUUUACUCGCUUACUAAUUUAAAUGGUUUAGUUUAAUGUUUAAUAGUUUUUUUUGAUGAAUGUGUUUUAGUUUUUCCUUUUAAACUACAUUUUAAGCUUCGAACGCUUAUACCACAGCUGCGUGUCACCAUUUGUCGAGGCUAACUUCCUGCUCUAGCUUCAGCAUGCCACCAACACCACAGAGUCCGAGUCAUUUCCUGUUUUAAAGAAUACAUCAGUGGUCUUACAAAAAGCGCAUCUGACUUUGACCACAGGUGUGAGGGAUGGAAACAUAGACGUGUUUGGUUGAAUAAGCGUGUAGGCCUUUUCUUUCCAUCGUAUUGUUUUGAUAAAUAGUGCUUUUUCUGCUGCACGUGGUAUUUGAGAAAACCAUAUGUUAAACAGAAAUGAUAUACCACUGAUGGUUAGAAUGUAUUUACUUUUAUUAUAAGAGUAUUUAAUUAAAUAUGUCAAAUGUAAUUAUUUCUUCCACUUAUGCUUGUGCAUGUUUUGAUUUUUGAUUUUUUUUUUUUUUUUUUUGCCAGUAUCUAUUAGUCUGUCAUGAAAUGGUUUCAUUUCCUCUCCACAAAAUACUUUUAGUUCUUACAUCAAUAGAUUUGCAGAAAGUGAUGACGACAAACAUGUGAUAUUGUCAAUAUUAACAGAAUUGUUUUGUAAUAAAUUGUUAAGAAAAAUAAUAGAUUCUUUAUUAAUUUAGCAACUUGUAAUGUGAACACACUUACAUUAUGUAAGAGGAAAAUUAUGAGUACUGUAUUUAGUAAGUGAAAUGGUCUAGUCUUAGUCAAAAUGUUAAAUAAUUUCUUUGAUCUUUUGGAAAUGAAAAAGAAUGACGUGUAUUUUUA